ACAUUCCGUUCUGUACAUUGAACAUGAACUUUGGUCAGAUUCCGUCCGAGUGUAUGCGUCGGCUGAAUUGUGUAACUGGCCUUUGUGGAGUAUUAAGUAAAAAUCAAAAAUCAAUGACCAACUUGUGUAAGCCAGGAAAGGUUCAACGUCCACGAACUGAACGCUAGUUUGUCGAACCUAACUCUGAAUCUGGACGACUGUAUUCCUUAUUUCCAAGCAUGACUUCUUGGAUCGAAACCCUGUGGAACUCCUCCUGGGCCCGACUGGCCAUCAUUGAUUUUGGCAUCCAAUGGGUGGGAUGCACUCUCGCCGUGGCUUUCAAAACCGAAAAAUUCUAUGAUCUCGCAGGUUCCUUGACCUUCAUCACCAUGUCCUUAUUAAGUUACGAGUGGAGCAAACAUACUUGGCGUCAAUUCAUCCAAUCCCACAUGAUCGUAGCGUGGGCUGCUCGACUUGGCUUGUUCUUGUUCAUCCGGAUCUUAAAAGAUGGAAAGGAUAGUCGUUUUGACGACGCCAAACGCCAACCUUUGAAAUUUUGUGCCUUCUGGAACUUGCAAGGGGUUUGGGUAAUUGUGACGUUAUUACCGACCCUGUUCUUAAAUGAUGCGACUCGAGAUCCUCGAUUGGGGGUUCGAGACUAUUUAGGAUGGACCCUAUGGGCUGUGGGCAUGUUUUUCGAGGUGACUGCUGAUCUACAAAAGACCAUGUUUCGAAAUCAGCCCGAGAACAAGGGCAAGUUCAUCCGAUCUGGUUUGUGGGCCAUCUCCAGACAUCCCAAUUAUUUUGGAGAGAUAUUGCUUUGGUUUGGAUUGUACAUCUCGGCUUCCAGUGUGUUCCGUGGCUGGGAAUUCGCCUCGGUGCUUUCGCCAAUUUUCAUCUAUUUGCUGAUAACCAAAGUGUCUGGAAUUCCUCUGUUGGAGAAAUCCGCCGACAAGAAAUGGGGCAAUCUGGCCGAAUACCAAAAAUACAAACGAAGCACAUCUGUCUUGGUUCCAUUUCUGAAUUGUCGCCCGCCUUGGAGACCCAAAUCCGAUAUCUCAUUUGUUGACGAUAACCCAACCAAUCCUGAUCCAAUAGACGUGCAAUCGAUGGCAUCGCAGCCUUAAUAAUCAAAACAAUACCAACAUGAAGCAAAACCAAAGAUGUUCAAGCAUUUAUCGAGGGAUGUUUGGCGAUCACCUUGAAUCAUCAGCUGAGAAUUUUCUGAGGCAAUUGCAAAUUGUCUCAAUCAAUGAACACAAUAGAUUACGAGAAGAAAGACUAUGAUUGUUUCUUAGGUGCAGUUUUAAAAUACACGCGAGAACAAAUUUUAA